AUGGAGCUUGACGAGGAGACGUUCUUGGACGAGCUCAUGUCGCUGCGGCGGGAGGCGGCGUCGUCCGCGCCGUGGCAACAAGCUGCUGCCUGUAGUGCCUACCCGGGCGGAGGCGGCGCCAUGAUGAUGAGCGACCUCCUCUUCUUCGGCGGGACGACGGAGGGCGCCGCCGCCGACGCCACCAGCAUGGACCUCUCGCCGUUCCACCAGGACCCGCUGCAGGCGGCCCCGCACCCGCACGAGGAGUUCAACUUCGACUGCCUGAGCGAGGUCUGCAACCCGUACAGGAGCGGCGGCGUCGGCGUUCCGCGGGCCGAGGCCGCAGCGGUGCCCGGACCCGGACAGGCGCUCGCUGCUCUCCACGACGCCAUGGUGGAGGAGGAGACGAGCGGUGACCUUGACCUGCAGGGGCAGCACUAUGGAGGUGGCGGUGGCGGGUCCCCGACGUUCGUGUUCGGCGGAGGCGCCGGCGAGAGCUCCGAGAUGCCCAUCGUCAGGGGUGUUGGCGGCCCACACCCCCACCACAGGAGCAAGCUCCACGGCGCGCCGUCCAAGAAUCUCAUGGCCGAGAGGCGGCGGAGGAAGCGCCUCAACGACCGCCUCUCCAUGCUCCGCUCCAUUGUUCCCAAGAUCAGCAAGAUGGACAGGACAUCCAUUCUUGGGGACACCAUUGACUAUGUGAAGGAGCUGACGGAGCGGAUCAAAGUCCUCGAGGAGGAGAUCGGCGCCUCCCCGGAGGACCUGGACCUUCUCAACACCUUGAAAGAUUCGUCCACCUGCAGCAACGAGAUGAUGGUAAGGAACUCCACCAAGUUCGACGUCGAGAAGCGGGGAAACGGGAGCACGAGGAUCGAGAUCUGCUGCCCGACAAACCCCGGGGUGCUGCUGUCCACGGUAAGCGCGCUGGAGGUGCUCGGGCUGGAGAUCGAGCAGUGCGUCGUGAGCUGCUUCAGCGACUUUGCCAUGCAGGCCUCUUGCUCGCAACGCCUCCCGCCACGGCCGGGGGCGGAGGCCGGCGAGGGCGAGAGCCUGGUGCCGGAGAGGUGGAGGGAUGCCGAGGAGGAGAUCAACCUGACGAAGAAGGAGAAGCGCCGCAUCGCUCACGGGCUACGAUUCGGGAGCCGCCUCGAGCGGCGGGCGCCCCCGGCCGUUGCCGCCCCUGAUGAAUUCCGCGCGUACCGCAAGGGGAUGCUGAGCGCGGAGCGUGACCAUGUUGCUCAUGUAUACCGCGGGCCGCUGGAGAGGGCUCUUCCGCCGGAGGUGGAGGAACCUCCACCGCCAGAGCCUGGGACGCGUGUGGCCCCGAGGAAUCCGAGGAUGGGGGUGGAUGUUGGCAGCCUUGAGGAUAUUGAUGAGUUUUUUAGAAGUCGGGAGUAUGUUCAGGAUGAGAUGGAGGACAGCAAGAGCCCCAAGGGCCGUCAGAAGUUGUUCUCAAAUGAGGAGAAGGUUCUUCUGAACAAGCGAGUGCCUGAUCUGGAAGCUGCUACUUCUAGUAAAUGGCUUCCGCUUCACACCCUUGCUGCAUCUGGAGAUUUCUAUCUAUUGGACAGUCUUUUAAAACAUAAUGUGGACAUAAAUGCGCUUGAUAAGGAUGGCUUGCCAGCAAUUCACAAAGCAAUUCUUUCAAAGAAGGCUGCUAUUAUCAACUAUCUCUUAAGGAACUCAGCAAAUCCAUUCAUCCAAGAUAAAGAUGGUGCGACUCUAAUGCAUUAUGCUGUCCAAACAGCAUGUAGUCAGACCAUAAAGACACUUUUACUGUACAAUGUUGACAUCAACCGUCCAGAUGAUUAUGGAUGGACACCUUUGCAUCUUGCUGUACAAACACAGAGGACUGACAUUGUGAAGCUACUUUUAAUAAAGGGCGCUGAUAGAACUCUUAAAACCCAAGAUGGAUUGACCCCGUUGGAGUUGUGCCUCCGGUUGGGUCAUGAUGUGCGGACGUAUGAGCUUAUCAAACUACUUAAAAGCUUCCAGAGACAAAAGCAGCAUGAUUUAGUUUAG